CGGCCGUUGCUCCUGGCUGCGGCUUCGGCUACGACAAGCCCCCGAGCUGAGGAGGGGGCGGCAGGUGGCCCGGGACUGAGCGGGGGGCUCCGGAGAGAGUGUGAGGGUGCAGGGGGCCCGGUGAGGGGACCGAGGAGGCAGGAGGCCGCAGUCACAGGGCCCUGGGCGCAGGUCCCAGCUUGGCUGCGCGACUCUGGGCCUCAGUUUCUCCCUCCAGACAGUGGGUGCGACGUUGGUUCCCAUUUUGUGGAGUCUACAGCUCAGUCAACGCUCGGCCUCUGAGAGGCCCGGCCGUGCUGCCUGUCUCUCUCCACACCCAGGCCCUCUGCCUCGGCCGCCAUCAGCCCCAGGGACACCCAGCCACAGAGGGGGUCCAGGGUGCAGACUCGAGGAGUUCCUUCUUUGGACUCAGUUUACCCAGAUUCCUCCCUGCGGCCUACAAGGCCCCGCACGACCUGCCUCGACCCCGACCUGCCCUCCCUCCUCCCCCUCUCCCCCUCACUCCCUCUGCUGCAGCCUCAAGGGCCUCCUCACUGUUCCUCCUACAACAUCCAGUCCUGCCCCAGGGCCUUUGCACUUGCUGUUUUCGCCACCUGGAAAGUUCCAGCCCUGAACUGCCAUCUUUCAGGUCUUUGUGCAAGUGCCCUCCCUCCCCUACAGAAGACCCUUCCUGAUCACCCCCAGCUGUAGACAGCCCCUGAGGGGUUCCCUGGCCCCCCCCAGACGCCUUUAAAUUCCCUGGAGCACUUUGUUUGACCUGACGUUUUAUUGCAUAUUUGUUGGCUCAUUUAACAUCCAUCCCUCCUCCAGAGCAGGAUCGGGGGGAGGGCCCCCAGCACCUUGCUUGGGGCUAGCAUACAGUAGGCGCUCAGUAGAUGUUUGCUGAAUGACUGAAUGACUCUCUCCUUUGAAGGGUUAGGUAGGAGCCAUUCGUAAAUUCUGGCGCUCUGAGCUUGGGGGUGGGAGUUCCCCUAGGUUAGGGGCCUCGGUGCUGGAUGGUCCUGGGUUCGAAUAUGAGCUCUGCCUUCUGCCAGGCAUGUGACUGUGGGCGAGUCCCUUAAUCUGGAGGAAAGGACAUUGGAACCGGGGCUUUGAAGGAUGCGUAGGAGUUCGGGACAAGCACUUAGGAAGUGGUUAAGAUAGAUUCUCAGUAAUGUGUGUGGAAUCAUUGACUGAAUGAAGGACAGAAGACCCUUUCUGGAAAGCGUCCAGUUUGGUGUUUCCUGUCCUGAACUGUCAGGGUGGGGGGCCUCGGGGAGGCCCAGAGAGGGACACAGUUGUCCACUGCAGGGGGCCCAGCAGGGGCGUGGGCCUCAGGCUUUACCUCCCAGCUAAGGCUGCCCUCUGUGGCCUGAGAGUUGCAGUGGGCCGAGUUCCUGGGAAACCAGGGUUUCCGGGAAAGGCCUGGCCUUGUUCCCCCUCCCUUGACCUUGCCUCUCUGGUUGCCAGGGCAACGGACAAGCCCUCCCCACCCCCUCGGGCUGUACAGAAUGAGAAACUGAGGCCCAGAGAGGAGCAGUGAUUGGUUCCUGGGUCGUACAGAAGGAGAAAACGGAGGCCACUGUCACCUGGUCUUUCCCGCAGGAUCUGCCUGGCAGCAUGUGUCAUGGCCCUGGCUUGGGAUUGGGGACGGGGAGUGACAGAGCUGGCCUCAGAGACACCCCCCCCCACCCACCUUGUGUGGCCCAGGCCAGGGCUGCGGGAACCCUGAGCAGAGCAGGAAAGGCUGCCCGAAGGAAGGAGCACUGGAGAUGGGGCUUUGAGGGAUGUGUAGGAGUUCGAGAGGAUUCUCAGCAUCUGCCUGGCCUUUGCUGGCUCCUUUCUCCUGGUCAGCCAUGGGGGAGGAGGGCACCUUGGUUGUCGCAGGUCCCAUGGGACAAAGAGUGACAGGCCUGCCUGUCACCUGGGCUGACCUGAAGGGGAGGACGAGGAGGAUGGGGCAACAGGUCCCUGACCCAGUUGCAGACUGUUUGUCCUCCUUCCUUUGGCACCAGCUGGGGUCACUGGUGACGUGGGCUCCCGCCCCUGCCCGCCUCCCGGGCACCUCUUCCCAGAGCGGGGGUGGGGGCUCCCCGAGGGGAGGGGUCCGGGAGAGGACUCUGGGAAGGCCCGCCCCCUGGCUCACACCCCAGCCGCCCCUCAUCACGGCCCCAGUGAGUGCCAGACCUUGGGUGGCAGCCAUGGCCCAACGUCAACACCGUUGCUCUGGCCUCCUGCCACCGUGGCGUCCCCCCGGGGAGCAGGGGGCAGCGACCUGUGUCUCCAUCGAUUCCGUCCCCCCCCGGCUCCUCCAGCCACAUGGCCUGGGCCCUGGGCUCUGCUGCCCGGCUGUGCGACCCUGGGCCAGUCGCUGCCCGUCUCUGAGGCUCAGACGUGGGAAAGGCACAUCCGAGGGGGCCCGGGACUGGGGCCUGGGGUGGCCACCUCCAUCGUCCCUCGGCCUCAGCGGAAAAGGGCCCGAGGUCCAGCUGUUCCGGUGACUCACGCUUCGGGGGACACUGGCGUGGGGAGCAGGGCUGGCACCAGCCGAGCCCGUGCCCCCAGCCCAGCCGGGGCAGGAGGCUGUUUUCCGAGGCUCGGUCGUGGGUGAAGUCCGGGGUCGUCCCUCUGCCCCCCGUGCACCCCAAGGCCAGAGGUGGCCCAGGGAGCCAGGGCACAGAGCAGGGAGGCACCCCGGGCCCGCAGGGGGGACCGGCCCGGCCACCUCCAUCUAGAAAGAGCCGACAGCCCCAAGCCGCGGGGUCCCUCCCAGAAGAGAAAAGGGCCCGAUGGCCGUGGCGGGCUGGGGUGCUGGGGGCUGAGCCUCACCCGGGCCCCCCGAGACCCCGCAGGACCUGGGCCAGGUCCCCGCCCCUCCGUGAGCCUCAGUUUCCCCAUCAUGCAAAGAGUAGCAGAACCUGGGGUACUGCCUGCCCCCCCGGAAGACGGAUGAGUUCCACCCGUUCAUCGAGGCGCUGCUGCCUCACGUGCGCGCCUUUGCCUACACCUGGUUCAACCUGCAGGCGCGGAAGCGCAAGUACUUCAAGAAGCACGAGAAGCGCAUGUCAAAGGACGAGGAGCGCGCGGUGAAGGACGAGCUGCUGGGCGAGAAGGCCGAGGUCAAGCAGAAGUGGGCGUCACGGCUGCUGGCCAAGCUGCGCAAGGACAUCCGGCCCGAGUUCCGCGAGGACUUCGUGCUGGCUAUCACGGGCAAGAAGGCCCCGGGCUGCGUGCUCUCCAACCCCGACCAGAAGGGCAAGAUGCGCCGCAUCGACUGCCUGCGCCAGGCCGACAAGGUGUGGCGCCUGGACCUGGUCAUGGUCAUCCUCUUCAAGGGCAUCCCGCUCGAGAGCACCGACGGCGAGCGCCUGGUGAAGGCGGCGCAGUGCGGCCACCCGGUGCUCUGCGUGCAGCCGCACCACAUCGGCGUGGCCGUCAAGGAGCUCGACCUCUACCUGGCCUACUUCGUGCGCGAGCGAGACGCGGAGCAGAGCGGCAGCCCCCGGGCGGGCAUGGGCUCCGACCAGGAGGACAGCAAGCCCAUCACGCUGGACACGACUGACUUCCAGGAAAGCUUCGUCACCUCCGGCGUGUUCAGUGUCACCGAGCUCAUCCAAGUGUCCCGGACACCCGUGGUGACUGGAACAGGACCCAACUUCUCCCUGGGGGAGCUGCAGGGGCACCUGGCCUACGACCUGAAUCCAGCCAGCACCGGCAUGAGAAGAACGCUACCCAGCACUUCCUCCAGUGGGAGCAAGCGGCACAAAUCGGGCUCGAUGGAGGAAGACGUGGACACGAGCCCCGGCGGCGAUUACUACACCUCGCCCAGCUCUCCCACGAGUAGCAGCCGCAACUGGACAGAGGAUAUGGAAGGAGGCAUCUCAUCCCCAGUGAAGAAGACAGAGAUGGACAAGUCGCCUUUCAACAGCCCGUCUCCCCAGGACUCGCCUCGCCUCUCCAGCUUCACCCAGCACCACCGGCCCGUCAUCGCCGUGCACAGCGGGAUCGCCCGGAGCCCGCACCCGUCCUCGGCCCUGCACUUCCCUACGACCUCCAUUCUGCCCCAGACGGCCUCCAGCUACUUCCCGCACACGGCCAUCCGCUACCCGCCGCACCUCAACCCCCAGGACCCGCUCAAAGAUCUCGUCUCGCUGGCCUGCGACCCGGCCAGCCAGCAGCCUGGACCGUUAAAUGGAAGUGGUCAGCUCAAACUGUCCAGUCACUGCCUUCCCGCCCAGAUGCUGGCCCCCCCCGCCCCCCGGGCUGCCGCGGCUGGCGCUCCCCCCCGCCGCCAAACCCACCUCCGAGGGAGGAUGCGCAUCGCCGACCUCGCCCUCCUACUCUACGCCCGGCACGUCCCCUGCAAACCGUUCCUUUGUGGGAUUAGGACCAAGGGAUCCAGCGGGCAUGUAUCAGGCACAGUCCUGGUAUCUGGGAUAGGAAUUCUUCGCGCGCCCUGCUCCUUGGUCCCGGGAAUCCCGGGGGGCCGCCCAGCUGGCCCCCGGGCCACGUUUUCGGUGGAAAGUUAGAGUGAGCAAGAACAGACCCCGACUCCCAGCCCGGCCGAAAAGACAAAACACACAGACACUUAUACACAGGAGGGAAAAAGAGAAAAAAAGGCGGAAAAAAAAAAAAAAAAGACCAACGGGGGGAAAAAAGAAAACUCAUAAAAAUAAACCCACCCAACCAAGAAGACAAGAGGUGAAGACGGCAACGCUGCAGACUCUCGGGACGCCACGGCCACCCCUCCGAGGACCAGGGGCGCCUCCCUAAGUUAUUCAUCUCCUCUCGCCGCCACCGCCGCUGCUGCUGCUCCGGACACGGGCGCCCGCUCCCGUCUCCGCCCCGGACCAGGUGAGCGCAGCCUGGUGCCCGGGCCAGGCCCAACAGGGCAGGACACCCAGCGAGGCCACCUGUCCCCGCGCCACCACCGCCACCGCCGGGACGUCGCCGGGCCCCCCGCGAUGGGGUUUGCCAAGCGGGGAGGCGGGCGCCGGGGGACGGCGAGGACCCCAGCAGCGGGCAGCAGAGGCCGCCCUGGAGGCCGGGGCGGGCAGGGAAGCCACAAGAGCAGAAGAGGGUUGUGGGGAGACCCCGGGUGUCGCCACGGGCCGAGGACGCGUGGCAGGUACCUUCUCAGGAGUGUCCGCGGUCUCGGACCUCCGUCCGCCCGGGAGCGCGCGCUCGCGGGGGUCGCCUGGGGACUUGGGGUUCGGCCCCGGGCCUGCCCUGUUUGGGAGGAGAAGUCUAUGCAAUUGACCCCCAGCCCCCCGAGGCAGAGGAGGCCACCCCCCACCCCGCCCCCGCCGGCCCGCACCCCCAGGGGAGGGACCCACGUUGCACACACUGUAAGAAAUGCACUUUCCGAGGAAGGGGCUGGGGGGCUGUGUGGAGAGGGGGCGCCGUCUGGGGUCUCCAUGCGCCGCGCCCUGGGAGGGAGGACCCCCCACUUAGGUUCCUGCAGGUGGGAGGUGAGAGCGAGUGGUUUAAGUGCCUGAUUCCCACCGCCCGCCCCCCCCUUGGUCCAGCCGGGAUGCGAGUGGCCGCGGGCAUCUGCCACCCUCCCCUCCCCCGCAGCCCGGCCACCUCCAGUCGCUGAUCCCUCAUUGCUACGCCCCCCUCAGAGCUAGAGAGAUGGGACCCCCGCCCUGUGGGCCCAAGGGGCAGAGCCGGGCGCCCCCCCAGCGUCCUGCCUGCGGGGGUGCGGGGUGGGGUGUGCGGGAGCCGGCGUGCGCCCCGCGCCUCCCCUGCCAGUGCCUUACAUCCUGGAGCCACACCCUCCCUGGUGCGUCCCAGCCCAAAGGGGGACCACGGUUUGCACUUUCGUCCCCCUUCCCCCCGAGAAAUGGG